GGCAAAAUAGAUGAAGCAUGCAGCCAUUUCUAGGCUUUCGCUUUUUAUUUGAUAUACGAAUAAUCACUCAUAUACUUAUACGUCUCUCAUAAAUGUCCAAGGAGGAUGCAAAGAAUAGCUCCUUAAUUGAACAACUAAAUGCGACCUUCGUCAUUCGCUUCAGUUCACUUCUUUCGACCUCGAAACAUUUUGCACCAAUCUAGCAGAGUAUUUAUACAUAUUAUUAGCAUUUAGAGGAGUCGAUGUCAAUAAGCAGACAAGAUAUUCAACUCAGAACCGCGACAAUGAUAGACCUAGAUGGAUCGGACUCAGGUCCGGAAAUUCUUACACCAGAACCUGAGACGGGAUCUCAGUCUCAACCUUUCACUCUAAUUAAAAACGCCCUCGAACACACCUUCAUAAUACCGACCUUCUUGUACGCCAACGCAACUCAACUACGAGAUAGAUUUCUCAAAACGCUUAUAAGCCCAAACAAACAGGACAAUGAGGGUUGCAGUCCGUCUUCUAUCAUUGAGCUUGUCUCAGAAUUUCUCUGCUUUAUCGCGAAGGAAAUAGAGACACACAUCGAUCCCAGUUUUGACAGGGAAGUGCUCAACUUCGUUCUUCAGUCAUUCGAAAGGGAGUUAUUACACGGCGAAGAAGUCCAUGCGUUUGUUGCAGGACUCUCGGAUGACGUCGACAAACUCAAGGUGAUACGGUCAUAUUAUCUUGCCGUCGGAGCCGUAAGACGACCCGCAGGCGCACCGGAGUCAGCUCUCAUGCGUGCGGCGCUCAAAGGUACUGCUCGUGUGUACGCUGUAUUCGGCGGCCAGGGUAAUACGAAAACCUACCUUGAUGAACUUCGGGACGUCUACGAUACCUAUCCAACACUUACAAAGCGUUUUCUCAUCCCUGCAGCGCGUUUCCUUGAACGCCUCUCGCGAGAUGCCAGGGCCUCCCAGGCUUUUGCGCACGGGCUAGAUAUCAUGCGCUGGCUGGAACAACCCGACUCCCAGCCAGAUUACGAUUAUCUAGUCUCAGCGCCAGUGAGCUUCCCUCUCAUUGGCUUGCUGCAAAUUCUUCAUUAUAUUGUCACAACUUCCUCUCUUGGGACGCAUCCUGGUGGUAUAAGAAAUCGUCUUUCGGGUACGACAGGUCAUUCUCAGGGCAUUAUCCUCGCAGCUAUCAUCGCCGCGUCGGCAGACUGGCAAAGUUUUGAGACACAGGGUAAAAAGGCGCUCAUAAUACUAUUUUGGAUCGGCGUCCGCAGUCAGGAGGCAUACCCUCUACCCUCUAUCCCACCAAGCGCUCUGGAGGACUCGGUAGCGCAUGGGGAGGGCGAGCCAACUGCAGCGCUCUCUAUUAGGGGUAUGACUCGAGGAGCGCUCGAAAAGCAUAUCACCAGGGUAAAUGGAGCGCUACAGGAAGACCGACAUAUUGUUAUAGCCUUGGUGAAUGGCACGAAAAACUUUGUGAUUGUUGGUCCGCCGAUGGCAUUAUACGGGUUCAACAAGCAACUGCGCCGUGUUAAAGCAAGCGAGAACGUGGACGAAUCCCGCGUACCGUUCAGCCAAAGAAAGCUGAACAUUAUCAACAAAUUCCUCCCGAUAACGGCUCCAUUCCAUAGCCCCUAUCUACGAUCGGCUAUAGAAGCCCUACAACAAGACCUGAGAGAGACCAAUAUAUCUCCCAGCGAGCUCGCCAUUCCAGUUUAUUCGACAUUUAGCGGGAAAGAUAUCAGGAGCGAAUUACAGGGUCAGGAUGACAUUGUGCCCUCUCUCGUUAGGAUGAUCUGCCAAGAUCCGGUACAUUGGGACCAGUCCAUUGCAAUGCCUGAUGCAACACAUAUACUAGACUUUGGUCCUGGGCGAACUGCAGGUGUUGCUGGCCUCACAAGCCGUAUUAAAGAUGGCACUGGCGCCCGAGUUAUUCUCGCGACUAACAUCACUAACCCAACACACCCCGAAAUUGGGUGCAAGCACGAGAUAUUUUCUCGGAAAAAGUCAGAUCUUACAUACGGAGCGAAAUGGGCCGAUCAAUACGGUCCAAAACUAAUAAAGACUUCUACUGGACGAACUUUCGUCGAUACCAAGAUGAGCAGACUGCUCGGCCUUCCUCCAGUUAUGGUUGCCGGAAUGACCCCUACGACAGUGCACUGGGACUUUGUAGUUGCCGCAAUGAAAGCCGGGUACGAGGUUGAGCUAGCCUGCGGCGGCUAUUACGACGCCAAUAGCUUGACUGAGUCAAUUACGAAGAUCUCGAAAGAAAUUCCUCCUGGUCGUGGCAUUGUGCUUAAUGUCAUUUAUGCCAGCCCUAAAGCCAUUGCUUGGCAGAUCCCCCUCGUACGCGAUUUGUGUGCGAAAGGGUUGCCGAUCAAAGGACUGACUAUUGGCGCGGGCGUUCCAUCUCUCGAUAUCGCAAAUGACUAUAUUCACACGCUUGGAAUCAGGCAAAUUGGUCUCAAGCCCGGGUCCGUCCAAGCUAUCCAACAAGUAGUAAAGAUCGCCCAGGCCAAUCCCAGCUUUCCGAUAAUAUUGCAAUGGACCGGUGGUCGUGGCGGCGGACACCACUCUUGCGAAGACUUUCAUGAGCCGAUGCUGGAGAUGUAUAGCAAGAUAAGGCGAUGCUCUAAUAUUGUGCUUGUGGCUGGCUCCGGAUUUGGUGGUGCAGAUGAUACUUACCCCUAUUUGAGCGGCACCUGGGCUAAGAAAUUUGGCCUCCCCCUUAUGCCUUUCGAUGGAAUUCUCCUCGGAAGUCGAUGCAUGGUUGCCAAGGAAGCGCAUACAUCAAAAGGGGCCAAACAAGCUAUUGUUGAUGCCUGCGGUCUUGACGACCGCGAAUGGGAGAAAACGUAUCAGAAGCCUGUCGGUGGAGGCGGGAUUAUCACCGUCCGAUCUGAGAUGGGAGAGCCUAUUCACAAACUCGCCACACGCGGCGUCAUGUUCUGGGCUGAAAUGGAUCAGAAGAUUUUCGGCUUGCCUAAGGAGAAGCGUAUUCUAGAACUGAAGAAAAAGGAAACUCGCGAGUAUAUCAUUCGACGUCUCAAUUCCGACUUCCAGAAACCAUGGUUUGGCCUCACUACUUCCGGCAAAGCCGUUGACCUCCAGCAAAUGACAUAUGCCGAAGUUGUUUCGAGAAUGGUUGAUCUUAUGUUCAUCAAACACCAGAAGAGAUGGGUUGAUAAGUCCCUUGCUAAGUUAACAGGGGACUUCAUUAGCUACGUUGAGCAGCGGCUUGCCACGCACGCGAGCGCAGGUAAUGCCCAACUCAUAACGACGUACAAGGAGCUUGAUGAUCCAUUGCCUAUUAUUAACAAGCUAGUCACCGCGUAUCCCUCAGCAGCCAAGCAGCUUAUGAGCUCUCAAGAUUGCUUUCACUUUUUGAGUCUCUGCAAGCGUCCUAGUCAAAAGCCGGUGCCAUUCGUCCCAUGUCUAGACGAAGACUUUGAGGUAUGGUUCAAAAAGGACUCUUUGUGGCAGUCCGAGGACCUCGAUGCAGUAGUCGACCAGGAUGUGGGCAGAGUCUGCAUCCUCCACGGGCCUGUUGCUGCCAUGCAUUCGACUACCACUGAGGAACCCAUUAAGGAAAUUUUGGAUCGCAUCCAUAAGGGUCAUAUCAAAAUGCUCACCCGCGACCUUUAUAAUGGUAAUGAGGAGAGAAUACCAACUAUUGAGUAUUUCGGAAAUAAGACGGCAGAUACUGCAUCAGACACUCGCUUGAUUCUCGAAGGAGUCGCUAUUUCCGAGACCAGGAAUGAGAUCAGACUUUUCAUCCCAGGGUCAACGCUACCAGACAAAACCGAGUGGAUGCAAUUACUUGCAGGCGACCAGGCUACAUGGCGUCGUGCCUUGUUUACUACGGAUGUCUUCGUUCAGGGUUAUCGUCUUAACGCGAACCCACUACAUCGUCUUCUUGCCCCUUCUCGUGGGAUGGUUGUACAUAUAGCCUACCCGGAGAAUCCAGCCAGAACCAUCAUCACAACUGAGGAAAAUGUUGGUGGCAAGCAAUUACCAACGAUGAAAAUUGGUCCCCCAUCUGAUAACGGUAUUCCAUUAUACCUUAUCGAGCACCGGACCGCGCUGGGAACCCCGGUCGUCCUCCCCCUUUUGUUUACUUAUCAUCCUGAGGUGGGCUAUGCACCCAUCCGUGAAGAAAUGGCUUCUCGAGAUGAGCGUAUCAAGGACUUCUACUAUAAGCUUUGGUUUGGUUGCGAUAGGCCCAACAUUCGUUUAGAUGCGGCAACGUCUCAUAUCAAGCCAUGGGAUGGCGGCGAAACCACCAUCUCUAGCCCUGCAAUACGCGAAUUCGCACGUGCACUCGGUAAUACUGCCGAGGCGUAUAUAGAAAGGCCUGGUAGAGAUCAUCUUGCGCCCAUGGACUUUGCUAUCAUUGUUGGCUGGAAGGCUCUCAUGCAACCCCUAUUCCAUGCCAUUGACGGAGACCUAUUGAAACUAGUCCACCUCUCUAACCGUUUCCGCAUGAUCCCUGGCGCAGCACCGUUCAAGAGAGGGGACGAAUUACGUGCUACAUCUGAGAUUACGGCUAUUGUUAACCAAGACUCGGGCCAGAUGGUCGAGGUCUGCGGCACGAUAACUCGGGACGGCGGAAAGCCCGUGAUGGAGGUCACGUCGCAAUUCUUCUACCGCGGCGUCUUCGCCGACUUCAAGAAGACGUUCCAGCGCAAGGCUGAGCCUCAUUUCAGAGUAGUACUCAAGGGUCCGAAGGAGGUUGCCGUGCUUAAAGCCAAGAAAUGGCUCGAGUUGGAAAAGGAUGUCGAUGAUCUUCUGCUAGGUCAUAACGUCGUAUUCAAGCUACGCACCUCGACCCGAUUCAGCGACAAAGUCGUAUUCACCUCCGUCGAAACUACCGGCACGGUCGAAGUCGAAAUCCCGACUACCAAGGAGCUAGUCCGCGUGGGGACGGUAAACUACGUCUCCGAAGGACUUUCGCGGGGCAACCCGGUCCUGGAAUACCUCGCUCGGAAUGGGUCCGAGCUCGACCAGCCCGUUUACUUCAAGCAUCCGAUCCCCAUACAGAACAACUAUACUAAAGCCCCCUUGGUGAUUGAGGCGCCUGUGUCCAACGAGAAUUAUGCUAGCGUCUCGGGAGACUUCAAUCCGGUUCAUGUGUCGCGAGUCUUCUCCAAAUACGUCAAUUUGCCAGGCACUAUAACUCACGGCAUGUACACUAGCGGUGCAGUCAGGAGUUUAGUAGAAACCUGGGCAACGGAGAACAAUGCCUAUAGAAUGCGCGACUACAAUGUCAAAUUCGUUGGCAUGGUACUCCCCGGGGAUCGGCUCGAGGUCCAGCUGCACCACGUUGGCAUGGUAUCUGGCCGCAUGAUUAUCCAAAUCGAGGUAGUCAAGAGCGACGAGACAAGAGACAAAGUAUUGGUUGGAGAGGCCAUUAUCGAGCAGCCUACAUCUGCUUAUAUCUUUACUGGUCAAGGCUCCCAGGAGAAAGGAAUGGGAAUGGAGUUGUACGAAAGGAGCGCCGUGGCUAGGGACGUUUGGGAUCGUGCCGACAAACAUUUUCUUGACACUUUCGGCUUCUCUAUCCUCGAUAUCGUACGCAACGACCCCAAGGAGCUUACUGUUUACUUUGGAGGCGCUCGAGGCAAAUCCAUUCGACGGAACUACAUGACCAUGACCUGUCAAAGCCUCGAGGCGGCAGCGGAUGGCAGCCCCAAGCAAGAAAAGGUCUUCAAGACAAUAACGGAGUACACUACGUCUUAUACCUUCCGCUCUCCGACCGGCUUGCUCUCGGCGACGCAAUUCACACAGCCAGCACUUACACUGAUGCAAAUGGCGGUCUUCGAGGAUCUACGAGCCCAAGGCGCCAUCCGGAAAGACAGCGUCUUCGCUGGCCAUUCUCUGGGUGAAUAUAGUGCUCUUGCAUCUAUCGCCAAGGUAAUGCCGGUUGAGACGCUUGUGUCGGUGGUGUUCUAUCGUGGUCUGUGCAUGCAAGUUGCUGUCGAGAGAGAUGAAGCCGGUCGCUCGAACUACUCUAUGUGCGCCGUCGAUCCUUCGCGAGUUAAUACGCGGUUCAGCGAGCAGGCGCUCAAGCACGUAGUCAACCUGAUCAGUGUCGUCACCGGCUCCUUCCUAGAGAUCGUCAACUACAACGUCCGCAACAUGCAAUACGUCUGUGCGGGUGAUCUACGCGGCCUCGACGUGCUGGGAGGUGUUAUGGACGGUAUCAAGCCGCACAACAUAGACGUGCGUCAACCUGAGAAAGAAGAGAGCCACAACCUACUAGUUAGGGUGAUCCAAGAGGCAGAUCGGCACUCGCGAACCAAGCCUAUGCCACUGGAGUUAGCACGAGGCCGAGCUACGGUGCCGCUCCGGGGGAUCGAUGUCCCGUUCCACAGCUCGUACCUACGCCCCGGAGUACAGUCAUUCCGCUCGUUCCUGCUCAAGAACCUGGAUGAGAAGAGCAUCGACCCGGAACAGCUCGUUGGGAAAUACGUACCGAACCUGACGGCCAGACCGUUCGAACUGACAAGGGAUUAUUUCGAAUACGUACAUGAGAUGACCGGGUCACCCCGCAUCGGCAAGGUUCUAGAAGGCUGGGAGUAAUGUAAUUAGGGGUGAUGGUGAUGGUAAUGGUGGGGGUAAAGAUGGCAAGAAGAAGAUGGGGGCUGUCAAAGGGAGGGUGGCGUAGCUCGAAAACCGGCGUUAAGAGGCGUUCCAUUGGGGUCCGUAUUAGAAGAA